AUGAUGCGCCCCCGUCUCUCAAUAUGCAGCCAGCAUCUGGCACACAGCGGACUCUUUUCAACAACACUUUCCCGAGCUGAAAUCAUCAAAAAUGCAGCUCUAUCACCGCAUGCCGGGUACGCCCAACUCACCAACCGAGGCCUAAUCUCAAUUACCGGAAUCGACAGCUCGACUUUCCUUCAAGGCCUGAUUACGCAAAACAUGCUCGUGGCCAAUGACCCAAACAAGUCUAUUCGGCGCACAGGGACAUACACCGCAUUCCUCAACUCCCAAGGUCGAAUCCUUAACGACGCCUUCAUUUACCCAGUUCCGAUUCCGAACAGCAACGAUCUCGAAUGGUUAGUUGAGGUGGACAAGAAUGAGGUGCCUACUUUGCUCAAGCACCUGAAGAAGCACAAGCUACGCGCAAAGCUGAAGCUCCGCGCCCUCGAGGACGGAGAGCGCACCAUCUGGUCAUCCUGGAAGAAUCACGAGCAGCCACGGUGGGCCGCAUACAACCUGGAAUCGGAGUCGGCGGCAACUUCACCUUUCUCCGCCUCGUCUGAUAUCGUCGGCUGCAUUGAUACCCGGGCCCCGGGAUUCGGCUCCCGUAUUAUAACUCCAGGUUCAGAGGGCCUGCGCACCCAUUUCCCGGAUGAAGCACAACUUGCGGGCUCGGAGGUCGGGUUGGAUUCUUAUACCGUGCGGAGGAUUCUAAAUGGUGUUCCGGAAGGCCAGUCGGAGAUCAUUCGGGAGUCGGCAUUGCCGAUGGAGUGCAAUAUGGAUAUGGCUCGCGCUAUUGAUUUCCGCAAGGGCUGUUAUGUUGGCCAGGAGUUGACGAUCCGCACACAUCAUACUGGUGUGGUACGGAAGCGCAUUCUUCCAGUGCAAUUAUACACUCAGGAUCUGAGUUCGGCAGAGGAACCCGUGUAUGAUCCUUCUGCUGGGAUUCACUUACCGCCCGGUGGCACAAAUAUCACGAAAGCUGGUGGUCGGCGAGGCCGCGGUGCUGGCAAGUUCCUAAAUGGCGUGGGAAAUAUUGGUCUUGCCUUGUGUCGUUUGGAAAUGAUGACCGAUAUCGCACUCACCGGUGAAGGAACCCAAUUUACACCCGGGAGCGAAUUCAAGGUUUCGUGGACUACUGAGACCGACCUUCCUGUGGAGGUCAAACUGCAGGCUUUUGUUCCGUCAUGGAUAAGAGAUCAUAUCCAAAAUGGGGGUGUGCGGAAGCCAACUCCACCACCUGUGGAUUUCGAUGGUGAAAGGGCCCGGGAAUUCGUGGAGCAGCUCGAAGAAGAGGAGGAAGAGCAAGCACAUCGACGAGCGGAAUAG